AUGACUUCAUUAGGAGCUCGACCUUCAAAAACAACAGCAUCUGGAUUAUCAAAAGAAACAGACGAGUUUCUUUCAAAGCUAAUGAAGAAGAAUGGAAUGUCCCAAAGAAAACAAAAAGAAAUUAAACAACAAUUAUCCAUGGGUGGAGCACUUCCUCCUCCAGAAAAACCAAAGCCAUAUAGAGUAGAAACUAAGCCAAAGCCAGAACAGAAAGUAUUUACAAUGGCUCGCGUAGGUCAGAGACCAUUAGUCAAACAAGAACAAACAAUUCUCGAUGAAACUAAUAAUUACGAACCUGUAGUCAUGCCAUCACAGCCUAUCGGCCCAUCUGCAGAAGAAAAGCGCAAAGAAUUGGCAACUAAAAUGUAUGGUAUUGAUGAAGAAGCAGAAAGACAGAAAGCUCUUGAAGCAUUGGCUAAUGCGCCAUACCAACCUGCAUUUACCAUGGAAGAUCAGAUUAUUCAAGAAGUUCAGGAAAGGACAGACUAUCUCGAACAGAUGCAUGAGAUGGGUAUUCAUGAUCAUGAUGGUGAAACAUUAAGACAAAUUGAAGUAAGAUUAGAAGAAUUGAAGAAGAAUCGCGCAUCCAAAUAA